AUGGUGAUCGGUCGCAAAGUAACGCGUCGCACCAACAGGACGACCUCAUCUGCUCGAAAAUCCGCGACUCGCAAAGCUCGCGAUUCUUCUCCGGAACCGGAUUCUCCGUUGACUUUCACAAUCUCGCCGAACAGCGUUCAUUCACCAUACUAUCUCACGAGCGGUGAUAAUCCUGGUCAUUCGAUCAUCUCCGAGGUACUUGAUGGCUCCAAUUAUGAUAAUUGGCGUAUUGCAAUGAAUAUCGCUCUUGAUGCUAAGAAUAAGCUCGCUUUUAUCGAUGGAUCCAUUGUUAGGCCUAGUGAAUCGGAACAAAUUUUCAGGAUAUGGUCUCGGUGUAAUUCAAUGGUGAAGUCAUGGAUUCUAAAUUCGGUUUCUAAGGAAAUUUACAAAAGCAUUUUGCGAUUCAGUGAUGCUUCUGAGAUCUGGAAAGAUCUUUCGACUCAUUUUCACAUCACCAGCUUACCGCGAUCCUACCAACUGUCUCAACAAAUUUGGUCAUUGAAUCAAGGUUCUAUGGAUCUUUCGACCUAUUAUACUAAGUUGAAGACACUAUGGAAUGAACUGGAUGGCACUAGCUGUGAGAAAACCUGUCAUACUUGUGAUUGUUGCAAAUCAAUGGCGAAGAAGUCUGAUCAUGCUAAGGUGAUAAAGUUUUUGGCUGGUUUGAAUGAUUCUUAUGUUGUGAAUGCUACAGCCUUUCAAGUCACCGUUCCUGAUCCUACUUCUGCUUCCACCAAUGCAGCUUCAUAUCAAUCUCAGAAGCCAGCUCGCAUUUGCAGUCAUUGUGGUUACACUGGCCACACAGUCGACAUGUGUUACAAAAUUCAUGGCUAUCCACCGAAUUUCAAACAAAAAAACUCGAAAACUAGCUCUGAAAAACAGCCCUACAUUCCUAAGCCUCCGCAGUCUUCAUGUCCUGUUGUUGCUCAGGUUGCAGUGCCUUCUGAUCACAACAAUGCUAAAGAGAGAUUGACUCAGUUGUCUAAAGAUCAGAUUCAUGGGGUUAUUGAUUACUUCAAUGUUCAACUUCAACCUUCAAUCAACCAAUUAUCAGAGGAAAAGUUUACUUCUGGUGGACUGAUUACUACAUUUCCUGGUAUGGCAUUCUCUUCUUCUACGUUACAUUUUGUGGGAGCCUUGAGAGCUACUGGAAAUGUUUUGAGUUUUGAUUCCUGGAUUAUUGAUAGUGGAGCAACUCAUCACGAUCCUAUCAAAGGAUUGAUGAUUGGUCAGGGUGAAGAAAUUGCAAACCUCUAUGUCGUGGAUGUUGCUUUUGGUUUGAAGACAUCUUUUCAACAUUCAUCAUUUAUUUAUAAUGUUGUUGAUUCUGAGUUGUGGCAUAAUAGACUUGGUCAUCCCUCUGACUUCAAGACUGAUUUGGGUCCAUUCUCUGUUCCCACAGUUGAAGGUUAUAAGCAUUUUCUCACUAUUGUCGAUGAUCACACUCGUGUCACAUGGGUUUAUCUGUUGAGAACGAAAGAUGAGGUGCGUGUCAUUCCUGAUUUCUUGAAGAUGAUUGAGAAUCAGUACAACUGUAAAGUGAGGGGUGUUCGUUCUGCGGUUUUUCUCAUCAAUCGUUUGCCAACGCCUCUGCUUCAGAACAAGACUCUGUUUGCUCUCUUGACUGGGAAGAUGCCAGAUUACAAAGGUCUCCGCGUUUUUGGCUGUCUUAAUUUCUGCUCGACGUCUUCCAAAGGCAUAAACAAGUUUCAACCCCGUGCUUGUCCCUGUGUCUUCCUUGGCUAUCCCGCUGGUUAUAAGAGGUACAAAUUAUUGGAUAUGGAAACCAACAAGGUCCACAUCUCACGCCAUGUUGUGUUCCAUGAGACAAACAUCCUUUUCACCUCUGAUCAGAAUGAGCCUCUUCCUGAUGUUUUUUCUCAUAUGCCUGAUUCUUCUACAUCUCCUAGUUCUUCUGCUACAGCUGGUAACAUUCCUGCAGUCAUCCCUGUGGUUCAGAAUGUUCCAACUGCAGUAGCUAGUUCUACGGAGGAAUCAAUACAUCGUGUUGAAAGAGAUAAGGAGAAGCGCUCUUCUAAACCACCGGCUUAUCUUGACGAAUAUUACUGCAACAUGGAGAAGGCUGAGAUUCCAUAUCCUUUUGUAAAUUAUGUGUUUUAUGCCGAGUUAUCUAAAGAUUAUAAAGCAUACAUUUGUUCAGUGAAUCUUCACGCAGAACCGACUUCUUUUAGUCAAGCCAAGAAAUUUGCGGAAUGGCUUACUGCGAUGAAUGAAGAACUCUUUGCUUUGGAGAAGACUGGGAGUCUUGAACGAAACAAAGCUCGUCUGAUCGCUAAAGGGUACACACAACGUGAAGGAGUUGAUUUUGUGGAUACCUAUUCUCCUGUGGCCAAAAUGACUACUGUGAAGACACUUCUUACCGUGGCAGCAGCUAAAGGUUGGAGCCUGACUCAACUUGACAUCUCCAAUGCGUUUCUCAAUGGUGAUCUCGAUGAGGAGAUCUAUAUGACUUUACCGCCUGGCUAUACAACUAAAAAUGGUGAAUCCCUUCCUCCUAAUGCCGUUUGUCGACUAAAGAAGUCUUUAUAUGGUUUGAAGCAGACUUCUCGUCAUUGGUUUAUCAAGUUCAGUUCUGUUCUUUUGGGAUUGAGAUUUAAGAAGUCGCAUGCGGACCACACUCCGUUUGUGAAGAAUGAAGGUGGUGUUUACCUUGCUGUGUUGGUUUAUGUCGAUGACAUUAUCAUCCCUAGCAACUCGGAUCCUGCAGUGGAUCAACUCAAAGCAAAUUUAGAAGCUGCUUUUCGUUUGAGAGAUUUGGGUCCUCUUCGCUACUUCCUUGGCCUUGAGAUUGCUCGUUCUGCUAAAGGCAUCUCAGUGUGUCAACGGAUGUACACUUUGGAGCUCCUGGAGGAAGCUGGUUUUACAGAUUGUAAGUCUUCUAGUAUUCCAAUGGAUCCUAGUGUCAAGUUGGUACAAGAUUCUGCAGAGCCGAUCCUUGAUGAGAUCAGUCUCUAUCGCAAGUUAGUUGGUAAAAUGAUGUACUUGACUAUCACCCGUCGUGACAUCACUUUUGAUGUUAACAAGUUGUGCGAAUUUGCAUCCACACCAAAGCUCUCUCACCUGAAUGCAGCUUACAGAGUUUUUCGUUACCUGAAAGACACUGUUGGUCUUGAUCUCUUCUACUCUGUUGAUUUGAACCUUUUGCUCAGUGGUUUCACAGAUGCAGACUGGUUAUUGUGCCCAGACACACGACCUGUGGCUAUUGUAUGUUUCUUGGUACCCCCCCCCCAUCUCUUGGAAGUCCAAGAAACAACAAGUAGUUUCAAAUUCAUCAGCUGA